CUAUACUAAUUUUUAAUUUUCUCAGAGAAGAUCACGUCGUUUCCAAGAAUUUCAAAAAUUUUCGAAUACCUCUCAUGAUAUUUUAUUCUCUUAAUACUUAUCAAUACUUACCAAUUUUCUCGAAAUCUUUUAUCUCUUUUUAUAACUUAUUCUUUAAACUUAUGAAAAUUGGAAAAGAUUUGAAAAGAUUUUAUAUGGUUAGACGUGCAUUUGCAAAAUUAGAUUGUUUUAUUUAAUUCAUAAGUUUGCAAUAAUAAGACAAUUUUACAAUGAGUUCUUAAUUUUCUGUAUAAUAAUCUAAUAACUUAAAACUACCCUAGUAUGGCGUCGCAUUUGCGCUGCACAUUUUCUAAACGUCUGAUUUUAGCCAAUUUCGUACUUUUGGUUGAAUUUCUCCAAUGCUCCCUGGCGAUCACCCUAAUCAUCUCCGGUAUAUGUUCGUAACACUGUAUCUGUUCAUGUGCACGUGCUAGUUCUAGGUUCUAUGACGUAAUACCGUAUCAUAACCUAUAUUUCGAUUGUUUUUGUAACUAGUGCUCUUCAAAGCAAUAAUAUAGACUAAUAUUUUCAAAUAAUGACUGUCAAAAAUGAAAAAAAUGAAAACCAAUCAGAUUCUGAGAAACGUAGUAAUAUUGAAGAAAUAGAAUAUUCUGAUCUUUAUCCAGGAAGAAAAAAUCAAAGUAGCGAAAACCAAUCCCGUACUUGGUUUGAUGUAAUUUCUUUUAAUGAAAAAAGGAAAAAUUACGAGAAGAUAAACUGUGAAAUUAAUGUUUAUAACUGUGUAAAAAAGAGUCCUUUAGUGAAAUUAAUGUUAGCAGCAUUAAAAAGUUCAGGAUGUGAAGUUGAUCUUGGUCGUCAUAUUUCAUGUGAAGUAUGUGAUAAUAAAGUUACUGGUGGUUACGAUGCUGAUACAAAUCAGAUUAUAAUUUGCCAAAACACUGCUAAGAGCAGAAAUCGAGUUCAAAGCACUUUAAGUCAUGAGAUGAUACAUAUGUUUGAUUAUUGCCGUAACAAACUUGAUCUAAACAAUAUAGAUCAUUUAGCUUGUACGGAAAUAAGAGCAGCUAAUCAAUGUCAUUGUAGUUUUCUUGGUGCAUGGUAUCGAGGAACUGCUUCACCUUUUCAUAUUAAAAAGGCACAUCAGGAUUGUGUUAUGGACAAGGCUGUUAGGUCACUAAUUGCUAUAAAAAAUAUACCAAAGGAAGAAGCAAUGGACGCUGUGAGGCGAGUUUUUACCAAGUGUUAUAAUGAUUUAGAACCCAUUGGAAGACGACUUCGACGAAAUUCAAUGGAUAUGGAAAAAGCGUAUUAUGAGGGACCAUAUUAUGGAUAUUCAGAAUAAAGUAUAUUUUCUAUAAAAGUGCUUUCAAAUUAUGUACCUCAAAGUAGUACACUUACUAAGAAAUAAUAUGAUUUUGUUAUAUCAUUUUAAUACUCGCCUAUGAAAAUAAUUAUUAUUCUUAUUAUUCUCAUUA